AGCUGCAGGAGGAGGAGAGAGAGAGAGAGAGAGAGAGAGAGAGAGAGAGAGAGAGAGAGAGUGAAGGGAGAUACACAGAAACAGACACUCUUCAUGAAUUCCCCCAAAACCUAAAAGAGACAAAUAGUGCAAGUUGGCUGGUGGACCUGAGGUGGCAUGUGGACGAUGAGUAUGGCUUGGCUGUGUCUCCCAGCCUACACUGUCCUACUUGUUGGUUUCCUUCACAUGGCUGUCACAGAAAAUGAUGUCACUCCGCGCCUCAGCUUUCCCUACAACGCAAAGGAAAGGAAAACCAGGAGCUUCUCAGCCAAUGGGGUCUUCAACUUCACCUCCCUCCUGCUCAGUAGCGAGGACAACAUGUUGUACGUCGGCGCCCGGGAGAUUCUGUUUGCUCUCAACCUCUCAGAUAUCAGCGCAGCGAAGCUACAACGCAGUCUCACGUGGGAAACUCCAGACAGGAAGAGAGAUGAGUGCAGUUUCAAAGGCAAAGAUCUAAAGAGGGACUGCUUCAACUACAUAAAGAUUUUACUGCAUAUGAACAGCACUCACCUGUAUGUGUGUGGAACGUACGCCUUCAGCCCAAUCUGCGCCUACAUUAGGACUGCAGACUUCUCUUUUGUCGUGAACGAUGCUUCUGAGAUUGUUACAGAGGACGGACGUAGCCGCUGCCCCUUCAACCCAGAGUACAAGUCUACUGCCAUCAUGGCUGAUGGGGAGCUCUACGCCGCCACAGUCAGUAAUUUCCAAGGAAAUGAACCCAUCAUCUACAAGAGCCUGAGCCAAGGAACUGCUCUAAAAACAGAAAACUCUCUCAACUGGCUUCAAGACCCGGCCUUUGUCGGCUCAGCUUACAUACAGGAGAGCCUGCCCAAGGGCAACCUCGUGGGCGAUGACGAUAAGAUUUACUUCUUCUUCAGCGAAGCGGGGAAGGAGUUUGAUUUCUUUGACAACACCAUUGUGUCACGCAUCGCUCGCGUGUGUAAGGGCGACAUUGGAGGAGAGAGGGUACUGCAGAAGAAGUGGACCACUUUCUUAAAGGCCCAGCUCCUGUGCUCACUGCCUGAUGAUGGUUUUCCUUUCAACAUAAUCCAAGACAUGUUUGUGCUCACGCCGGGCCCCGACGACUGGAAGGAUACUGUGUUUUACGGAGUCUUCACAUCUCAGUGGUAUAAAGGUGCGUCAGGAAGCUCUGCAGUCUGUUCCUUCACCAUGGACCAAGUGGAACAAGCUUUUAAUGGAAGAUACCGUGAGGUCAACAGAGAGACCCAGCAGUGGUACACCUACAAUCAUCCUGUCCCGGAGCCUCGGCCUGGAGCUUGUAUAACAAAUGCAGCCAGAGAGUUGGGCGUCUCCUCCUCGCUGCACAUGCCAGACAAGGCGCUGAAUUUCGUCAAAGACCACUUCCUGAUGGACAGCGUCAUUCGCAGCCAACCUCUCCUUCUGAAGCGCAACGUACGCUACACGCAGAUUGUCGUCCAUCGAGUCCAGACAACUAAAAAGGUGUACAAUGUGCUUUUCAUUGGAACAGAUGACGGGAGACUUCAUAAAGCCAUUAACAUCAAAAACAAGAUGCACAUCAUAGAGGAGAUAGUGAUCUUCCGUGACUCCCAACCGGUCCAACACAUUGAGCUGGACACUGAGAAGGGUCGGCUUUACGUCUCAUCUCUCUCUGAACUUGUGGAGGUGCCAGUCGCCAACUGCACUAAUUAUCAGAGCUGCGGCGAGUGCAUCCUCUCCAGGGACCCAUACUGUGCCUGGAACAAGGGCCAGUGCGUGGACGUCAGAAGUGCUCCUGCAAGCAAGGCCCAGCAGCAGGAUGUAGAUGAAGCAAACACAUCAGCUAUAUGCAGGAAGCCAAGCCCACGGGUUGCUAAUCCUCCACCGACACGAGCGUCUUCAUGCCAGGCGAUCAUUAUCCCAGCCAACACUUUCAAAGUACUGCCGUGCAAGCUGCGCUCCAACUUGGCCGAGAGAAAGUGGCAGUUCAGCGAAGGCACAGACCACUUCCACUACCCCAGCCCGGAGGGGGGGCUGGUGGUGGUCGCUCAGGCCGGCAAGCAGGAAACCUACGAGUGCUGGUCGGUGGAGGAGGGCUUCAUGGAGCUGCUCGCAAACUACUGCGUGAGGGGCGAAGCCAAGCAGGAGAGCACUACCCUGACGGGGCGUUCCCGUACGCCCCAGCUCUCCCAGGAGGAAGUCAUCUUUCUGCCGGGGGAAACCCGCUCGCCGCAGAUCAACACCAAGACCUACUGGAAUGAGCUGAUCGUCGUGUGCGCCCUCCUGGGCUUCUCCGUCGUGGUCUUCUCUCUGUUUGUGGUCUACAGGAACCGUGAUCACAUGAAAUCCAUGCUCAAGGAGGGAGAGUGCCCCAACAUGCAGCAGAAGAAGCCCAGGAUGGUGGGCAAACCGGCCGAGAACUUACCGCUGAACGGCACCACCGUCACGACGUCGGCGUCAGAUCACAAAGGGUACCAGACCCUCAAUGACAACUACCUUUGCAGCACUCCGCCACACGAGUGCUCUUCACCCGACAACACCAAGAGCUUCUCGGAGUCAGAGAAGAGGCCUCUGAACUUAAAAGAGAGCCAUGUGGAGAUUUCCCCCACAUGCCCACGGCCACGAGUCAGACUAGGCUCUGAGAUUAAAGACUCUAUAGUGUGAGGCUGGCUGAGAAGAGCUGGAACGAGUGCGCUUGUUGGGAAAGCAUGAACUUUACCGGAGGAAGAACACAGCACUCUAACAAUGAAACAUUCAUUACAGAUAUUUUGCA